GAGGAAAAUGGUUGCUCGGGCAUUGUUCGUCGUGGAAAAGGAUAUGUGGAGACGACGGUCAUGCAUCCAGGCAACAUGUAUGUCACGAAAAGAUGGUCCGAGUGUUCGAGGAAUUCGCUGAAAUCGUAUAUCGAGACAGGUUUGGGAUUUUGUUUGGAAGACGAGCAGCAAAAUCACGAGUUUCCCAGCACGGACCUUCUUCCAGGUGUAGUGUACGACGCGGAUGACCAAUGUCGGAUACAGUACAGGUCUGAUGCACGGCAAUGCGACCUGGGCAUGUGGUGUUACGGAAUGAAAUGUCUGUUGGUCGGAGAACGACCAGGAGUCGUAGACGGUGGUUGGGGUAGCUGGUCAGCUUGGAGUCGAUGCUCCCGAAGCUGCGGUUCCGGUGUGGCUUUCUCAGUCAGACGAUGUAUCAAUCCUUCGCCAUCCAACGGCGGGGCUUACUGUCGCGGUGACAGAAAACGUCAUAAAAUAUGCGCCACCAAGCCGUGCGACGUUGACGCGCCGUCCUUCCGCGACGUCCAGUGCAGCGAGUUCGAUAACUGGAUCUUUCCAGAAGACGGGAAACUUCACCGAUGGACCGCUUACAAGCUACCCGAGGAUCUACAAGCUUCGGAAAAUCCGUGCGGCCUUUACUGUUUAAGCGAAACGAACGUGGUGGCCUCGCUUCGGCCGAGAGUCAUCGACGGGACCACCUGCUACAGGAGUAUUCGGGACAUCUGCAUCGGAGGUGUCUGUCGAGAGAUUCCCUGCGACCUGAAUAUGGAGUCGAACGCUGUGGAAGAUGCGUGUGGCGUCUGUAGGGGUAAUGGCACUUCGUGUAGCCUGAAGGGGGCCGUGAUAACGAUCGGUCCGGCGUCUCGUGAGUGUAAUUACCCGAUUCUUCCUCUAGAUGAUUUCUUCCCUUUUCGAAAUAUCGUCGCGCGUUUUAUCGUAUUAGCCGGCCUUUAGUCUUUAUAACUCGUUUUACAGUUAUUCCGACGUUUUAUCACCGACCGAGGUGGGUCGUUCAGCAUUCUUUCGGGCAGCGCACUAUCCUCCAACAACUUGCACAUUUUUCAAACGUACCUACGCGUUAUUUUAAUUACGUCCGCUUUUAUUUCGUUUUGUAGAUAUUUCGAUAACGAUAUACCAGCAUCGUUAACAUUUUUUCCCUUUCCAAGAUUAUUAAGAAUCGCCGAAAGCCAUGAGUUACGAGUAAGCGUCGAACU